UGAACCCCUGUGAGUUUGAAGACUCUCUGAGUUUUCCUGCAGCAGCAACAAAGGAACUAAAUAUCAAACCAAGCCAACUGCUCCCACCGUCUCCAGCUCAACUUUUGGGUUGAAAUUGACGAAGCGUGUUCCUCUUACAUUCAUGCUGUUGGCCGGGUAUUUGGAGAUGAAGCUGUGUAUUCUACUUUUCUUUCUCUGUCUCUGCAGUCUGGGACUGACAGAAGACCCGAGCCCCGGAGCUCCUGAAGUCUCCGGUCCUGCAGAUGAAGAUGACAAAGAGAGAGAUGUUGAGGACUGCACAGGAGACUGGUUGUUUAGUCCUAAAGAACAAAGGGCCAUAGGGGGCGCCAUAGAGCGACUGGGUAUAGAGCUGCUGGGACACCUUCAUUUUGAUGAACAGCAGCCAAAUAUCGUCCUAUCACCUCCCAGCUUGGCCUUUGCCCUCGCCCAGCUCGCUCUAGGAGCCAGAAAUGAGACCCAGAAGCUGCUCCUGCAGAGCCUCCAUGCAGGAACUCUGCCGUGUUUCCAGCACAUCCUGGGAAGUCUUAUACCUCACUUCAGAAACACAUCGCUGGAGGUGGCGACACGCAUGUACCUGAGACCAGGAUUUGAUGUGAAGUUGACGUUUGUUGAGGAGUCUCUGGCCAGGUUCCAGUCACGGCCCGUCCCUCUGGUCGAUGUGCUGGAGGUCAACCAAUGGGUGGAGAACGCCACCAAUGGAAAAAUACAGAACUUCCUGGAAAGUAUUCCCCAUGAUGUGGUGCUGAUGCUGAUGAAUGCAGUCUACUUCAAAGGAGAAUGGAGGACAAGAUUUGACCCCCAAGCAACCUCAAAGGGAGUUUUCUACCUGGACAACCAGAACUCAGUGUCUGUGGACAUGAUGAAGUCUGCUCAGUACCCGCUCCGUCUGCUGGAGGAUCCAGAGCUUCAGGCUCAGGUCGCCAGUUUCCCAUUCAGAAGAAACACCAGCUUCCUCAUCGUCAUGCCCUUACCAGGUGGAAGAAAUGUGACAUCUGUGCUCCCACAGCUGAACAUUUCUGACCUCUUCAGACGUCUACCUCAGGAGAAAACCAUGCAGGUCAACCUUCCUAAGGUGAAGCUUCAGUACCGCACAGAGCUCCAGGAAGCACUGACCAGGAUGGGCCUCGGUUCGCUGUUUACGGGUCCAAACCUCUCUGGGAUUUCCGACCGCCCCCUGAGGGUGUCCAGCGUCCGCCACGCCAGUACCGUCGAACUCAGCGAGGAAGGUGUGGAGGCGGCCGCCACCACCGUCAUAACCUCCAUGCGCUCUGUCUCCAUCUUCUCCGUCAACUCCCCGUUCCUCUUCGCUCUGGUCGACGACGCCUCCUUGACCCCCCUCUUCAUGGGCAUCGUUACAAACCCCGCCCCCGACAACAACCCCAUGCCAAACGAUGAUCCCCACGCCGUUAACACCACCCUGAGCGACCUCUCUACCGCAGAAAACAGAAAAAGAGACACUGAUAACAUCAACAGGUCAUGCCGUAAAAAAGAGCCAGCAGAGGGCGGCGAUGUGCAGUCAUGUGGCGCCCCCCCUGGUGGCAGGGAGCAGAAUGGAAAUGGACAGGAGAAGAAGAAGUAACCUCAACGUGAGAUCUGUUUUAAUCAGUAAGCCGGUUCAGACCAAGGAGUCCUAACUUUGGACAGGCCGUCCUGCAACAUUCUGAGGCCUGUUAGUUCACACCGCUGCAGCUGGAGGAGACCAUGUGACUUUUCCAUUCUCUGCAGUCACUCUAAAGCCAUUUAGUUUUACCAGUGCGAUCAUGCUGACAUGCACAUGUAUGUAAACAGAAGCAGAGUUGACAUUUUACUGUUUUGUCCCCCUGAAUUUCUAUUUUUCUGAAUGUUUACCGUGAUUAUGUGCACCAUUAUGUUUCCUACAUGAUGCUGAUCCAUCUUGAUUCUCAAUAAUAAAGAUGCUUCAUGUUUCUUUUCA